AUGAUUCGCCGUUCAAUCUUCCUCUUCGUCGAAGUGGUAGCAGCUAUUGCGGUGGGUCUUAAUCCUACAGCGAACUCCACUGAGCAUCUUCCAUUGCUAGAGCUGCCGUAUGGAAAAUGGAGGGCUGCUCAAUAUGACCAAGAGGCAGAUGUGUAUACUUUUCGCAACAUUCGUUAUGCAGCUCCUCCGACUGGAAAUCUCCGUUGGGCAAAACCUGCUCCUCCUGACUAUGUCUCAGGCAUUCAGGAUGGCUCAUAUGGGUACAACUGCAUUGCUGCCACUCUACCUCCCCCCUAUGACAAUGACCCUGUUUUUAGAAGACUGGUUAAAACGGGAGCGGAGGACUGUUUGUUCCUCGAUGUUUAUGUGCCAGGAAAGGUCAUUCGGAUAAAGAAGAGCUGGAAACUCCCUGUUAUCUUUUGGAUAUAUGGUGGAGGAUAUCUCUCCGGAUCAAAAGAUCAGGAUCUAGCCCAUGGAUUAUAUAGUGGUACUAAUUUGAUUACACGAGCUAAUGGGAAUGCGGUUGUAGUCACAAUCAACUAUCGGUUAGGUGCGUUUGGCUUUUUGGCUGGAACAACCAUGGAAGCAACAGCACUCCCCAAUGCUGGAUUGCAUGACCAACGUGCAGCAUUACAAUGGGUCCAAGAUUUUAUCCAUCAUGUUGGCGGUGAUCGAGAUAAUGUCAGUGCUUGGGGAGAGUCCGCAGGAGCGGGGUCUAUCCUUCAUCAUUUGAUUGCGGAGGGCGGUAGCCUUGAUCCCCUUUUCCACCGUGCAGUUGUCAUGAGCCCAGGCAUUACUCCAAUUAUUGAUCGCAAGGGCCAGGUCGAAGAGAUGUUCAAGGACUUCACCAAGGCGGCUGGGUGUGAGAGUCAGGGCAUCGAAUGUCUUCGUGCUGCCAAUGUUUCGACCUUAAAGGAUGCAAACGAGAAAGUUGCGAUAUACAACCCAAUGCCAGAUGGACGUUAUAUCAGACGGAUUCCAGAUGUUGAACUUUCUGAAGGUCAUUUUUGGAAACACCUGGACUCGUUGAUUGUGUCACAUGUGGUGGAUGAGGGCGAGAGUAAUGUCCCCAACCCCAUAGAUCCUGACUAUAUCGCAAACUUUUUGAAGGGUCUCUUCCCCAGCUACGCUCCGGAUGCUGCCUUGACUAUAGAGAAAUUAUAUAAAAAUACACCUGGACCGCCUCGUACUAGGGCUAAAAUAAUAUUUGGCGAUGCUAUCUUUCAUUGUCACAUACGCGGCAUGAUUGAGGCCUAUGGAUCAAAGGCAUAUCUAAUGCAGUUUUCCUAUCCGCCUGGAAUUCACGGAACCGAUGUGCCUGCUGUAUUUUAUGACUCCCUACGGAACCACUCGGUUCCGAUCUUUAGUGCCUAUCAGUCUUAUUUGACUAGUCACGCUCAAACGGGAAAUCCAAACAUCCUACGGGACCCCGUGGCUAAUCCACAGACGAUUAAAUGGCCAAGAGUGGGUGAUGUGAAUACGGAGAAAAUUCACAGUGCAAUAAAUAUGACAGAGCUGGGAUUUGAAGUUAUUGAUGAUGAUAAGCCCCGAAAAAGUGUUUGUGAUGUCUGGAAAGAGGUGUGGCUGGAUGUUACGAGGAAGGGAGAAGAAAAUUGUUACUCCGUAUAG